AUGGCCUGCUGUUCAGCUGUUUUUGAGGGUUAUUUUGCCCUACCCAGUAAAAGAAGACGUAAGAGAAGAGCAAAUCAAGUACGUGCUCCAGCUUUACAGGCACAAAUUAUCCAACACAUAGAGGAGGAUGGUCCUCAUGAGUAUACCUUAGUAAAGGAACGCAGACAACCAAGAUCAACACCACAGAAAACAAGGAAACAAGUUGGUAAGCGUGGUGGUCGCCGUGGUGUUGGCCGAUGUACUAUUAUUGAUAUCCAUUUAGAAGUCUUAGACGAAUGUCAAAAAAAGGACCUGCAUUCGACGAAGGAAGACUUUUUUGAAAUUUUGAUUCAAGAAUUUAUGGGAAGCGAAUUCAUGAAAGAAGAAAAGAUUCCUAAGGAGCAGGUUGCAAGUUCCGAUUUCGGGUUUAUGGAGGAUGACUUUGUUCCUAAGGAAGAAAUUCAUAAGUGA